UCAAAAAAUGGUUGAAGUAAACUUUUUUUAUCCCUCAGAAUUCCAAGCCGUUUUUACAAAUCUCAAUGCCACUGGAAGAUAUGGUCCAACGACGCUGGGCAGUCACUACACAGGUCAGGACCAUGACGGACAAGUUACACUGUCCAGCGGUAUUCAACAAUGGACUGUGCCGUACGCUGGUGACUACAGAAUAGAAGCCAUCGGAGCAGCAGGAGGAUACGAUCCAACUCCCAACAGUGCUCAGUACCGAGGAAGAGGAGCAAUUAUGAUCGGAACAUUUCGGCUAAACAAGGGUGAAGUCAUACAAAUAAUUGUUGGUCAAGAAGGAGGAAUAAAUAAGCUGAGGUGGUCCUCUGGAGGUGGUGGAGGUACAUUUGUAGUGAGAGGAGCCAAUGCACCUUUGAUUAUAGCUGGAGGCGGGGGAGGUUUACAAAGUGUUAAUUCAAGACAUGGAGGAUGUGACGCCAGCACACAAACAACAGGGAAUCCUGGAUACCAAUCAUGGUCAGGGGGAAGCAAUGGACAUGGUGCACAGACGGCUGGUGAUGGCGUUUCAGGUAAAAAUAUAUUGUGAUGUUUUCUUACUCUUCAUGGCCUUAGCAGCAACUUAAUCAGGUUGUAAGUUCCUGGUCUCUAUGCAAGACUAGUGCUGAUAACGUGGCAAUGUCAUUAUCAAUCUAGUUUCUGACUGAGCAUGAAAAGAUAGAUCACAGUUUUCACUCAGUGUCCUUCUGGGCAUCUUUACCUUGACAUUCUUUAGAGUAUCACUUCCUCUGAUAUUUCAACAUUUUAAAAACCCAGAAGAAAUUAUGAAAUUCUGCCUUAACCACAGAAUUGAACAUUAUUAUACAUUAAAUUAUCAAAUAGCCUGAGUUGGUAUCUUGGGAGUCUUUGGACCAAAUGUUAUGGCAACCAUGGUAAAGUUUACAUGCCAUAUUAAUUCGUUCAAAGAAGGCACGCUCGCAAAAAAAAAAAAAAAAAAAAAA